AUGACCGAGGGACAAGGGGACCCACCACCGCCGGAUGCCGAGGGCUGCCGGGAGAACGCCGGAGACGGGUCGCGGAGGAUUGACGACUCAAGCUUGUGCGAGAAGCACAUCAGCAUAAAGCGUUCCUCACCCUCCUCCUCGGCCGGCGCCAGUAGGGUUAGAAAAAACCGAUCUUCUGUCCCCGGAGGCGGUGGCGUGCGUUCGAAGAGGAAGAAGAACGGCGGUUCCUCUUCCUCCGAGGAGGUGAUCCCGGAGAAGAAGUCGAGGAGGAUCAAGGUGGCGGACAAGGAUGGUGAAAUUCGUGAUGAGACGGGGGAGGAUGUGAAAGAGGACGAAAGGCCGGAGUUUGUGCGGAGAGUACGGACCUCGAGGAAUAAAGAUCCGAACUUUUAUUACGAGGGUGAUUACGAUGGUGAUGAUAGUUGCGAAGGCGUCGAAUUUGGUGAAUUGGGUGAGAAGGAUGGUUCUUUGUUGAAGAAAAAGGAUGUCAAGUCAAAGGAGAAGGAAACACAAGUGAUAAAAGACGAAAUGAAGGGCUCUGAUGAGGACGCGGGGUUACAAUUAGCCAAGAAGAGGAAAAAGAGUGGUGCGGUGAACUCUGGUACACAGGAGAAUAAUGGCAAAAGUCAGGAAGUGCAAGAUAACGUAAUCUUGGCGACAGCGAAAAUCAAGAAAGAAGAAAAUGGCUCUGCUUGUGACUCAGAAACUGGGUUGAUGGGUAAAGGCGUUAUUGGGAGUGUCGAGAUGGGUUCUGGAUCGAGUUCUAGGAAGAUCAAAGGCAAGAGAACGCAAGAGGAAAACAUAGCAGAUAUGGAACUAAGAGAAAUAAAGCCUUCAGAAUCAGUGAAAACAUCCAGAGUCAGCAAAUAUAUAAGUGAUGAUCCGAAUGAUCCGUUCCAGAUGUGUCAUCAAUGCAUGAAGAGUGAUAGGAAAGUAGUUAGGUGCAGCAAAUGUCCUCGAAGGCGAUAUUGUUUUGAAUGCGUUGGGGCAUGGUAUCCAGAACUAUCAAGGGAAGCCAUAGUAGAGGCUUGUCCAUUUUGUAGAGAAAUUUGCAACUGUAAAGCUUGUUUACGUGGAGCUAAUAUACCAAAGUCAAAGAUUCUGUAUUCUGGUGAUCCAAAAGAUGAUGGGCAGAAGAUACAGUGUCUGAAGUAUCUCAUCGGUUUCCUCCUGCCUUAUGUGGAACAAUUUUGUCAUGAUCAGAUGGUAGAGAAGACUGUGGAGGCUCAGAUUCGUGGCUCAUCUGAUGUGAAGAUAGAGAAAAUUGACUACGCGCCAGAUGAACGCAUGUAUUGUGACAAUUGCAAAACCUCUAUAGUUGAUUUCCAUCGAAGCUGUCCAAGUUGUCAUCAGUAUGAUCUAUGUGUGACCUGCUGCAAGGAAAUUCGAGAAGGCUGUUUGAGGGGUUGUGAAUGUAUACUUUUUAAUUAUGUCACUAGAGGAAAAGAUUACUUACACGGACUAAGUUAUAAAGUUCCUGAAGAACAAGCAAAGUCAUUACAAAGCAACAAGUUAUGUAGUUUGCCUGAGCAGAUGCCACUCCCUAAGUGGGAAGCAACUUUGUUAGGUGAAAUCCCUUGCCCGCCAAAGGAAAGGGGUGGGUGUGGACAAGGCAAAUUGGAGCUGAAGUGUAUUUUUGACGAUAGUUGGCUGUUAGAGCUGAAAGAGAAGGCAAAAAGGUUAACUGCUGCUUGUGGACCUGCUGAGGUGUAUCAGAGCGCCACUCAGUGUCCAUGUUUGGAGUCCAAUGAUGAUGGGCAGCUAAGAAAGUGCGCUUAUCGUGUCAAUUCUGAUGACAAUCACCUCUACUGUCCUUUGGCAAGUGAUAUCAAGCUACAGGAACUGGAGCACUUCCAGAGACACUGGAGAAUGGGGGAGCCAAUUAUUGUGCGGGAUGUUCUCAAACUUACUUCUGGGUUGAGUUGGGACCCGAUGGUGAUGUGGCGUGCUGUUCGUAAGGUUGUAAUUAAGAAAGGUUCCUCUGAUUUGAUGGUAACAGCACUAGAUUGCCUUGACUUCUGUGAGGUUGAUAUAAACAUUCAUCAGUUUUUUAAAGGAUAUACUGAAGGCCGCAGACAUUAUACUUCUUGGCCUGAAAUGCUAAAGCUGAAGGAUUGGCCCCCAUCCACUUUAUUUGGGGAGCGGCUGCCGCGCCAUAAUGCAGAAUUUCUUAAUGCCUUGCCCUACAAGGAAUACACGCAUCCACACUCUGGAAUUUUAAAUUUGGCUGCCAAGUUACCCGAAAAAAUGCUCAAACCGGACCUGGGGCCUAAAACAUAUAUAGCCUAUGGCUAUCCGGAAGAGCUUGGACGUGGGGAUUCAGUAACUAAGCUUCAUUGUGAUGUUUCAGAUGCGGUGAAUGUGUUGAUGCACACUGCUGAUGUGGAUCCAAGUUUAUAUGAUCUUAAAAGAAUUAAAAAACUAAAAAACGGGCACGCUGUGCAAGACAAAGAAGAACUCUUCAGUACUGUCAAUGAAGAUGAUAAAAGGACUGAAAUAGCCAUGCAGGAAACAAAUAAAGAGGAGGGAGGUGCACUUUGGGACAUUUUCAGACGGGAAGAUGUUCCGAAGCUCGAGGAAUAUCUUAGAAAACAUCAUAAAGAAUUCAGGCAUAUUUAUGGUUUACCAGUGGAGCAGGUUGUACAUCCAAUUCAUGAUCAAAGCUUGUACUUAACCUCUUAUCAUAAAGGGAAGCUCAAGGAGGAAUUUGGAGUUGAACCUUGGACUUUUGUGCAAAAACUCGGAGAAGCCGUGUUUAUCCCUGCUGGAUGCCCUCAUCAAGUUAGAAAUCUUAAGUCUUGCAUUAAAGUUGCUCUCGACUUUGUUUCCCCUGAAAAUCUUGGAGAGUGCAUUCGACUAACCGAGGAAUUUCGUGCUCUUCCCCAGAACCACAAGGCUAAGGAGGACAAGUUAGAGGUAAUGAAGAUGGCUAUACAUGCUUUACACAAUGCUGUGUCUUCUCUCAGCGAGCUUGUCUG